AACAGCGCGGCCGGGAUGAGCGGGAGCGGCGCGGCGCCCGGGCCGGGCUCCGGCUCCUCCCCGGCCGCCUGCCGCUUCGCGCACUACUUCGUGCUGUGCGGGAUCGACGCGGACAGCGGGCUGGAGCCUGACGAGCUGGCGGUUUUGUACCAAUGGCUAGAAGCAGAUCGUCAUGGCAAGAGCCAAGAUGCUGCAAAUGCGACUUCAGGUGAAAAUUUUGACCAGAGUCCUCUGAGAAGAACAUUCAAAUCCAAAGUUCUGGCUCACUAUCCUCAGAAUAUAGAAUGGAAUCCCUUUGAUCAAGAUGCAGUGAACAUGUUAUGUAUGCCUAAAGGGCUGUCUUUCAGAACACAAACUGACAAUAAAGAUCCUCAGUUCCACUCAUUUAUAAUUACCCGGGAAGAUGGUUCCCGUACCUACGGUUUUGUUCUUACUUUUUAUGAAGAAGUUACGAGCAAGCAAAUCUGCACAGCAAUGCAGACGCUCUACCAGAUGCACAACGCUGAGCAUUACAGCAGCGUGUAUGCUUCGUCCUCCUGCAGCAUGGACUCGCUGGCAAGCAGUAUUGAUGAGGGAGAUACAACUUCCCUUUUGAAACUCCAGAGAUAUAACUCCUAUGACAUCAGCAGAGACACCCUGUACGUUUCAAAAAGCAUAUGCUUGAUUACACCGCUGCCUUUCAUGCAGGCCUGCAAGAAAUUCCUCAUCCAGCUUUACAAGGCAGUUACCUCACAGCAACCACCACCCUUGCCGCUUGAGAGCUACAUCCAUAAUAUCCUUUUUGAGGUACCCCUUCCACCUCCAGGGAGAUCACUGAAAUUUUAUGGUGUUUACGAACCUGUCAUUUGCCAGAGGCCUGGGCCCAGUGAACUCCCCCUCUCUGAUUACCCUCUUCGGGAGGCCUUCGAGCUCCUGGGAUUAGAGAACCUGGUGCAGGUAUUUACCUGUGUUCUUUUAGAGAUGCAGAUACUUCUCUACUCGCAAGAUUAUCAACGCUUGAUGACUGUGGCGGAAGGCAUCACCACGCUUUUGUUCCCAUUUCAGUGGCAGCAUGUUUAUGUGCCCAUCCUCCCUGCUUCUCUGCUACAUUUUCUUGAUGCUCCUGUCCCUUAUCUGAUGGGCCUUCAGUCAAAAGAAGGAACUGACCGUUCUAAACUAGAACUUCCUCAAGAGGCUAAUUUGUGUUUUGUGGAUAUUGACAACCAUUUUAUUGAAUUGCCUGAAGAAUUUCCACAGUUUCCCAAUAAGGUGGAUUUCAUCCAGGAACUCUCUGAAGUUCUUCUCCAAUUUGGGAUUCCUCCUGAGGGCAGCCUGCACUGCAGUGAGAGUGCCACCAAACUGAAGAAUCUGGUUCUGAAAGACUUGGUCAAUGACAAAAAGAAUGGCAACGUCUCCACUAAUAACAUCAGCAUGUAUGAGUUACUUAAGGGUAACGAAACCAUAGCCCGCCUCCAGGCUCUAGCUAAGAGAACUGGUGUGACUGUGGAAAAAAUGGACCUCUCUGCCUCUCUGAGUGAAAAAGAAAAAGAUUUAAAACUGCAGUGUGAAGAGGCAGAACUGAUGGACUACAAGCUAAACGUACAGCUCCGAGAGGUCUUUGCCAACCGCUUUACACAGAUGUUUGCGGAUUACGAAGCUUUUGUGAUUCAGACUGCCCAGGACAUGGAGUCCUGGCUGACCAAUCGGGAACAGAUGCAGAACUUUGACAAAGCUUCCUUUCUAUCUGACCAGCCUGAGCCUUAUCUACCAUUUCUUUCACGCUUCAUUGAAACACAGAUGUUUGCCACCUUUAUUGAUAAUAAAAUUAUGUCUCAGUGGGAAGAGAAAGAUCCUUUGCUUCGGGUCUUUGACUCUCGUAUUGAGAAGAUAAGACUGUAUAAUGUAAGGGCGCCCACCAUGCGGACAUCUAUAUAUCAAAAAUGCAGCACUUUAAAAGAAGCAGCCCAAUCAAUUGAGCAGCGACUGAUGAAAAUGGAUCACACAGCAAUCCACCCACAUCUGCUUGAUAUGAAAAUUGGUCAAGGCAAAUAUGAGCGAGGGUUCUUUCCAAAGUUACAGUCCGAUGUCUUGGCAACAGGACCAACCAAUAACAAUCGCUGGGUAAGUCGGAGUGCCACCACACAGCGCAGGAAAGAACGCCUUCGCCAGCAUUCCGAGCACAUUGGACUAGACAACGACUUGAGGGAGAAAUAUAUGCAAGAGGCGCGAAGUUUAGGAAAAAACCUGAGACAACCCAAAUUGUCAGACCUCUCUCCUGCAGUGAUUGCACAGACCAACUGGAAAUUUGUAGAAGGUUUAUUAAAAGAAUGUAGAAUGAAGACAAAACGCAUGUUGGUGGAGAAGAUGGGACAUGAAGCAGUGGAACUGGGCCACGGAGAAGCAAACAUAACUGGCUUGGAGGAGAACACCUUAAUCGCCAGCCUCUGUGACCUACUGGAAAGAAUAUGGAGCCACGGCUUGCAGAUCAAGCAGGGGAAGUCAGCUUUGUGGUCACAUUUAAUUCAGUUUCAGGACAGAGAAGAGAAACAGGAGCACCUUGCAGAAUCACCAGUUGCCCUUGGACCAGAAAGAAGAAAAUCUGACUCAGGAAUUAUGUUGCCAACACUUAGGGUCUCUCUUAUCCAAGACAUGAGGCAUAUUCAAAACAUGAGUGAGAUCAAGACUGAUGUCGGACGAGCUCGAGCAUGGAUAAGAUUGUCUCUAGAAAAGAAGCUCUUGUCCCAGCAUCUCAAGCAAUUGCUCUCUAACCAGCCACUUACCAAGAAGCUUUAUAAGCGGUAUGCUUUUCUCCGUUGUGAAGAAGAAAGAGAGCAGUUUCUUUAUCAUCUUCUUUCCCUUAAUGCUGUGGACUAUUUCUGCUUCACCAGUGUGUUCACCACUAUCAUAAUUCCGUAUAGGUCAGUGAUCAUCCCAAUCAAAAAGUUGAGCAAUGCAAUCACCACUUCCAACCCUUGGAUCUGUGUGGCAGGAGAGCUGGGAGACACAGGAGUAAUGCAGAUUCCCAAAAACCUCCUCGAAAUGACUUUUGAGUGUCAGAACUUGGGGAAGCUAACCACUGUGCAGAUUGGUCAUGAUAACUCAGGACUGUUAGCCAAAUGGCUAGUGGAUUGCGUCAUGGUCAGAAAUGAAAUCACAGGACAUACCUACAGGUUCCCAUGUGGGCGGUGGCUGGGGAAGGGCAUUGAUGAUGGGAGCCUGGAGAGAAUUCUUAUUGGAGAAUUGAUGACCACAGUAUCAGAUGAGGAUCUCGUAAAGCAAUGUCGGACUCCACCACAGCAGAAAUCACCCACCUCAGCUAGGAGAUUAAGCAUUACUUCACUGACAGGAAAAACUACUAAGCCCAAUGCUGGACAAAUUCAAGAAGGAAUUGGAGAAGCUGUGAACAAUAUUGUGAAACAUUUUCACAAACCUGAAAAAGAGAGAGGAAGCCUUACAGUAUUGCUAUGUGGAGAAAAUGGCCUGGUUGCAGCACUUGAGCAAGUUUUCCACCAUGGGUUCAAGUCCGCCCGCAUCUUUCACAAGAAUGUCUUCAUCUGGGACUUUAUAGAGAGAGCCGUUGCUUAUUUUGAAAACACUGACCAGAUUCUAGACAAUGAAGAUGAUGUCCUUAUUCAGAAAUCAUCCUGCAAAACCUUCUGCCACUAUGUACAUGCUAUCAAUACUGCACCCAGGAGUAUUGGAAAGGAUGGCAAAUUCCAGAUUUUAGUUUGCCUCGGAACACGGGAUCGCCUGCUCCCACAGUGGAUUCCAUUAUUAGCCGAGUGCCCUGCCAUUACCCGAAUGUAUGAAGAGAGCGCCCUCCUGCGAGACCGCAUGACUGUCAACUCCCUCAUCCGCAUCCUGCAGACCAUUCAGGACUUCACCAUAGUCUUAGAAGGAUCACUCAUCAAAGGAGUGGAUGUGAACCCAAUUGUCUAGAAAUUCUUAGUCCAGACCCCUUGCUCCUGAUCCUUUCCCAACUAAACAAGUCCGUACGGACUGAUUUGGACUUGUCUGGUGCAGUAGUGAGUCACUACAGGGGACAGCCCACCAUAUCCCCCAGUGUGAACAAUCCUCACGCUACAGACAAGGCAAAUGCUGUAUUGUAGUUCAUUUGAACCUGGAAUUUAGUAUAAAAUAGAGUAUUUUCAUGUGUUAGAUGUGUGUAAAUAUGCUAUCUUUAAGAAAUUAUAUUACUCUAAUAAGAUACUUUUCUUAGAUUGAAUAUUACUGUGACUUAAAAAUAUGUAGUUUUAAAAGGUUAGGGGUUAGGGGAGAAGAGUGAUGCUAGUCAGGAAGAAGCCAAGAAACAUGUAAAUAUAUUGCGACCCAGUUGGGCUUUUUGUUCUCCAGGUAUCACAAAGGAACCCAGAAUGCAUUGUUAUCUCGUAGCCAUCCAUCCUGGUGUCUCAUCCUUUGUACUGUGAAUGUAAACGGCUUUAUCUACUGUAGGGCAGUGUCCUCAUUUGUCCUCAUUUGUAUCUUUUAAGUAACCAACUGUUUCAUCCACUUGAAUUGUGAGUCAGUUUUCCAGUCUUUUGGAAAUUUUUUUCAGUCAGCACAAGAAGAUAUAAUUCAAAUACUUCAAAUACUGGACCCCAGGAGCUUGGCCGGACUGGAAGGAGAACACACAAAACCUGAGAAGUGUGUUAAAUUGUGGGAUUAUAACUUCUUUACACUUUGGAAAGAUUAGCCUAGACUAACUUCAUUCUUGGCAUUUUUAUUCUUGUUAUUUGAGGUACUUCAGGGAGAUGUGAAUUUCAAAGUGUUGGCCUCAUAGUCAUAAGAACUGCAAACAGCAAUUUGAUUCCGUACUUUAAAUUUGGCCAUCUAAACUCUGCAGUGAUGCAUUACCUCUUAAGGAUAACCACAAGCCCUGUCUUUGUUGGGUUCCAGUCACCCCUCUCUCCCCUCUCCCCAUGCCCAUCCCCCUCUCAGGAAAUGGAAGGAAUGUUUAAGAAGGAGGAGGGCUCUGCUGUGGCUUGGAAUGUUUUUGUGAAAGUAUUUGUUGACCAUGAUAAUGCAAAUAACAGAAAGAGAGAGAAAGAAUGGACUCUUUCUGGGUGUUUGAAGGGAAGCUUUAUGUUUCUUUGUGAGAAGGGGUAAUAAUGUAAAACAACUGGCUCAGAGAAGUUAAAAGCCACUGUAGCACACACUGACAAAAUGAAAGCAAAACGAGAAGCAACAAUUCUGAAAGACGAAAAGUUGUGAGUAACUUUCCAGUUUGGUAUUCCUUUUUAAAAAAGUUAAAUGUGUUAGCCAAUUACUUAAGUCUUCGACUUAUGGUAGGCCCUGUAACUCUAAUUAGGCAUUUGCACAUUUUAACAGUGAAAUUGCCUCAGCAGUGCCCCGGGUUUUAUUCCCAGUGUGGCUGAGAAGCAAAGCCAUGGCCUCUCAGGAUCCUUGUGCAAUCUGAGGGUGCUGGGCUUUAGCCAGCAGUGCUGUUUCUCUUAUUUCCUGGAGGAAGAAACUAAUAAAACAAAUGCCUCCUUCCCUUUAUCAAAUACUAUAUUUCUUCAGGGCAGCCAAGGUGUUCUUUGAAUGUAAUGUGACUGUACAGCCCCUUGGAAUGUAAUGUGACUUAGUACAUGAGGAGGAAACCGCUUGGGAGGGGUUUAAGAAGAUCGUCCUGGGUGACCUGGGUAGACCCGAGAUUUGUUUACCUCUGCAUUGGGGCGACUAUUUCAGUAGUAUGGAAAGUCUGUUAUGGGAGACCUCCAGAACCUAUUUUAUCACAAGCUGAUACUAUGUUUUAAUGAUCAGAAAUAAUCGGUUACAAAUUUAACCACAGUCCAGGACUUCGUUCUUGUUAUCUUUUCCUUAAGACCAUGCUUCUGACACACUCUGGGCAACCAGUGAAAAUAACUUAGAUUAGUAUGCCAGAAUUGAGUCUAGUCCACCCUCUCAUUUUAUAGAUGGGAGGACUUAAGAAUCAGAGAGAUUAAAUACUUACAGUUUACCCUACAGCUGGUCAGUGACAACACAAAGUCUAGAAUUGUUCUUGUUUGUUUUUAAUUGCACUAGGCUGCAUGAGACGAGACCUUCAAGGUAGUCCUACUGUCUACGACGAUCUUUUAUCCAUCCUCUUCUACAGAUGCUAAGCCAGGUAUACGGAUAGGAAAUAAGGAUUAGUAUACAUUUUAACAAAUUGCUAUCAAGUUAUCGAGGAUUACAUCUGUUGUAAAAACUUAGCAGAGUUGGAUGAUUUGGGGGAAACCAUUAAUUUAAAAGUAAUAUCAGAAAAUGAAAGUAAAUCCUGAAGUUCCAUCUCACUUGUGUAGUAUGACUAUAACAGUGAAAUGGCUCAUUUUUUAAAAAGUAAACACACCAUAAUCGUCCUAUGCUCCUGAAUGCUGGCCCCUUCUAAAGUAGUUACCUGGGGAACCAGUGAUAACGCCAGUGCUCUAAAUGUGGGGAACUCUUUGUGAACUGCCUGGAUGGCCUGCAGCUCAUUCUUUUGAAUAUUCCCAGUAGUGGUAAAUGUUGAUCUUUCUGAAUACGUUUACUAUUUGGAAACAACAUAAAGUCCUCAAGGUCCAACUCUGAUAAAAAGGAGGCUUAGCUGAGUAAUGGAGUUUAGAUUCACAUAUUAAGAAAUAAGGCUUAGUUCUUAAGUGACUUAUAACUGUCUCUGAGCCAAUACCAGAAAAUUUGAGCAGAGCAGUAGCAGAAUCCUUAGAAUAAAUGUACACUGAAGGUGACUUCUGGAAGGACCAUACCCACUUAGAGGUAUAUGUUCUAUUAUGUCAAUAUUAAAAAUUAGUAUAUUGCUUUAUGAUCACAACUCAUAAGUUAAAGUGAAUAAAAUUCCAUUUUUAGUCGACUUAUCUUUUUAAUCUCAAAAGCAAAUGCCUGGGACUAUAAUUGGUAUUUUCACACAGAAUAAUAGCUUGAGAAUAAAUUGUUUUAAAAUGAAAUUGCCAAAAAUAUUACCUCUCGAAAAAAUUAUUGUCCAAGUGUUUUUCAGAUAUCCUGAAACUUCUAAUCUCAACCUUUAUGAUGCAGUGACAUUACACUGAUGUUGGUAUUAUGUGUGAGAUCCUAACACUGUGCCCUGGUCAGGAGAGUCAUUAGCUCCUUAAAAAUGAUUGAGGCUCAAUAUUUGUGAAAUAGCAUAAAGUGAGGUUCUAGGUAGGAAAAAGAAGGCUACCAAGAAUAAAAAUAAAGCUGCCGACCCCUCCCUACUCUCUUUCCCACUGGGGUGAGAAUUUGAUAUAAGAAAUGACCUAAAAUUUACAAAAAUCUGAUUUCCCUCUAAAUUUUAUUUCAGAUGUUCAACACAUUUUUAUACCUUUUGUGACGCUGGGGUACUUAUUAUAACAUCACUUUAUUAUUUUUUUAAAAAAUCAUUUUAAUGGACUUCUGUCAUACUACAUGAAUGAUAGAGGAGAAAUACUGAAUUGCUGAUAUUUCCUUUUUGGCAGUAAGGACUCUUGUACAUGAAUGUAAAUGAAUGAGAGAGGCUGAGACCAUACCUGUCAGUUUAUGUAUAGUAUAUAUUGACACCCCUAAAAUAUUUUGAAACAUGAGGCAACUCACAAGGACUUCAGAUCCACAGGGACAUUGGAAGUGUAGCUAUUCAUAAUGAAAUAUCUUCUUUCUGCUAUGAAUUACGAGUUUUCAGUAGAUUAUUUUCAUUUAGGGAACUGUGAGUAUUUCUCUGUGAGGUUUACAAAAACUAGUCUCUCCUUUUCACCAUGUUGAAAGAAUAACCUGAACCUUAGCUAUUUAUAUUUCAGUAUUAACACACCUUCAUUGAUUGAGAAUGGAGUCUUGAGCCCUUCUCUACUUUUAUAAAGUGAAUCCUGUUUCCAAGUUUUGUGUCUUUUGAAAUCCUUGUUUCUUAUAUAGUAUUUGUUACAUUGUUAUUUACCAUAAAGAGGAGACAGAAGAGAAUAAUAAACUACUAGGUCACUUACUCCUGUUAAAGUACAUUCAUAAAUCUCUUGAAAAAAACUGAAUUUCAAGCUUUUUCUAGAUGUUGCUGAUGCAGUAUGAUCUGAAGAACCCAAGGAGAACCGCAUCCUCCCAGAUCGUAUUACAGCUCAGUUGCCCUCACAUGGACAAAAUCAAGAUUUGGCUUUGGAAAGAUAAUACAUUAAAUUAUAAUUAAAAAAAAAAAAAAUUUUUUUUUAUUUAUUAUAAUACCAUAGUGAAAAAAGUUCAUCAAACCAAAUUUCUCCCCAUUUGAAGGGAUCCAGGGUCUCCUUAGCUUAUUCCGGAGGGAAUCAAUUACUUGAAUGUAUUUGUGUGUGGAUUCAAUCUUUAUUCCCAACAUCAAAUCUUGUUGACAGUAGAGAGAGAAGUAUGGUAAAGAGUUUCUGUUGUCAAUUAAAUGAGGGUGUGAAAUAUAUAGAAAAAAAUCUUCUGUGUUACACUUGAACCAUGUAUAAAUGUAUCCUGUGUAUCUUUAAAAAAAAAAAACAUUUCUGCAUUUACAUCAUAUUGUUUUUCUUUGUAUUGUUAACAAAAGGCAUCAGAACUGGAAUUUUUUUUUUCCUCAUCUGAACAUAAUAUAAAUUUUAAAGAGUAUUGUGAUAUCAAGCACUUUAACAUAUCAUAGAAACUGAUGUGGGUUUUUCAGGUUUUGGAGUACAUUUAAAUAUGACUUUUCAUGCUUUGUUCUUUACAAAUAAAACUGUCGGAUUGAUACUUGGUUUUCCUUCAUUAUUGUAGAAUCUUAAUACUGAGUGGUUCACAGGACAAGUGAUUUCAGAAAAUAGAUAAAACCAGAACAAUUAUGUAGGAAAAAUACAGCCUGCCGGUCAACUGGAAUUCCUACAACUCAACUGCAAAAAGACAAAUAAUCCAGUUAUAAAAUGAGCAAAGGGUUUGAAUAGACAUUUUCCAAAGAAGAUACAGGAAUGGUCAAUAAGCACAUGAAAAGAUGCUCAGUGUCAUUAGGGGAAUGCAAAUCAAAACUACAGCAAAAUACCAUUUUGCCUCCAUUAUGAUGGUUAUGAUAAGAAAAAAUGAAAAAAUAACGAGUGUUGGCAAGGGUGUGAAGAAAUUGGGACCCUCCUAUAGUGCUGGUGGACGUGAAAUGGUGCAGCCACUGUUGAAAUUUUGGCGGUUCCUCAAAAAGUUUAACAGAAUUACUGUAUGACCCAGCAAUUCCACUCUUAGGUAUAUACCCAAAAGAAUUGAAAGCAGGGACACACUGGUACUUGUACACAAAAAUUCAC